UGACUAGAUGUGGGAGGCUUUAGUCCUCUUUCUGUCGACAUAGUCCUCUUCCUGAAAAUCAUAGUUCAGCUCAGACGAGUUGGUCAGAUGACUUUACGUUUUCCUGUUUCUGCCUCAAAUUAGCUAUGUACAAAAUGUCCUCAAACGCAUAAUCUAUAAUGACAUCAUCUAGAUUCUCCAACAUAGGCGACAGAUGUACUUCUGCAACAGAGCAGCGACUCGGCGGCGACGAGGAGGACCAUUGCAUAAUAUGCAUGGAUAGUUUUCAGGAAAAGAUAACUUUAAAAUGUUCUCACUCAUUCUGUUCAAGUUGUAUUGACUCGUUUUUCAAAAUUAAACCCGCAUGUCCGGUAUGUAAUAGUUUUCACGGGACCUACGAAGGAACGCAGCCCCGGAACGGGAUCAUGACAGUGAGACGCAACUGGCAUUGUUUACCUGGCUAUGAGGAGGGGAAUGGACAUAUCACGAUUGAUUAUCACUUUCCAGCCGGAGUACAAGGGCCUGAGCAUCCGAACCCGGGUCAGAAGUACUGCAGCACAUCCAGGACAGCCUUUCUGCCAGCCUGUGAGGAAGGAGAGAAGGUACUGAGGCUGCUCCAGACAGCCUUUCACAGGAGGCUCAUCUUCACGAUCGGGACAUCAGCCACCACCGGCCUCAACAACUCCAUCACAUGGAACGACAUACACCACAAGACCAACAUUAGUGGAGGACCACAGUUUUUCGGGUAUCCAGACCCGGGCUACCUCUCUCGGGUCCAGGAGGAGCUUCGUCUGAAGGGAGUGACAGAGGAGAGCUGACUCCACUGGAGCUUCAUGAAACCAUAGAACUAGAACUACUCUUAGUUCAAAUUCUAUACAUAUUGUCACGCUCAGGAAUCAAACACAAGACGAGAAGAGCAGUAACGGUGUUGGGGAAGCGACACUGAAAAUAUAGCUUACCAAGCUACCAAUUCACACUAGAAGCUUAGCUGCCCUUAAGGAAAAAUAUAGUUUCCUUAAAAUUACUUUGAAAAAGUAGUACACUACAUCAAAACUACUUUGUGAAAAAUUAUCAAAUUUAAAUCUGAAAUGUUAUAGACUACAAGUUGCAAGAACAAAUCACUUUUCUGGUCAAAUGUUAACAGAAUGUGUAAUUUGGCCUAUUAAACACAACUUCAAAUUAAAAAAGGAAGGUAUUGCCUACUUCGCCCAUAUUUUCUUUUCUUUUAGCAAAACAAAACAGUGUGGGUUUCCAGUAGUUAGCUACUUGAUAAAACUUGAUAAAUUGAAAAAUAACUUGAUAAAUUGAAAAAUAACAGAAAGCAAAAUCAGCCAUCACUUUCUCACCGUAGUACUAUAGGCUUUACCGUUUCCUCUAACCUGAACUGUAGAUUGCCAUUGCCACAUGGCAAGAAAAGUAAUUAACUACUGAAAACACCUAGAUUUGAAUUCAGUUCAACUACCAGGGCGGCGCACAAUUGGCCCAGCGUCGUUAGGGUUUGGCCGGGGUAGGCCAUCAUUGUAAAAAUGAAUUUGUUCUUAACUGACUUGCCUAGUUAAAUGAAGGUUUAAUAAAAUUUAAAUAAAUACAUAAUUAUGGAGGGCACUGUAUAUGGUAGGAUAGCUUUAAGAUGGUUCAUCGAAGAUGUGGGUUUUGACUCGAUGCCUGAAAGUUGUGUUCUCAGUACUAUGUUGCAGUUUAUUUGUUUAAAAAUUUGUAUUUUUCUCCACUGAUUAUGUGUCACGUUCUGACCUUAGUUCCUUUGUUAUGUCUUUGUUUUAGUAUGGUCAGGGCGUGAGUUGGGUGGGCUGUCUAUGUUAUAUUUUCUAUAAUUUGGGAUUUUCUGUGUUCGGCCUGGUUUGGUUCUCAAUCAGAGGCAGCUGUCAAUCGUUGUCUCUGAUUGAGAAUCAUACUUAGCCUGGUUUCACUUUUGAGUUGUGGGUGUUUAUUUUCUGUUCUGCGUUUUGUUGCACCGUUCAGGACUGUUCGUUUGUCGUGUAUUGUUUUUGUUUCAGUAUUCAUUCUUUAUUAAAUUACAAUGAAUACUUACCACGCUGCACCUUGGUCCUCUCUUUCUCCCGACGACAACCGUUACAGAAACACCCACCAAAAAGGGACCAAGCAGCUUGGUUUCGGGCAGCAGCGAUCUCAGGACUCCUGGACAUGGGAGGGCGUUCUGAACGGCAAGGGAGUCUACACAUGGGAGGAGAUCCUGGCGGGAAGGGAUCGCCUUCCAUGGGAACAGGUGGAGGCAGCUAGGAGAGCAGAGGCAGCCGGAGAGAGGAACCAGCG